AUGCUCGCCUCCCUGUCCUCCGUCUUCCUUCUUGCCCUCUCCACGGCUAACGCGGCACUCACUUACAAGGGCGCCGACUGGUCUUCAGUUACGAUCGAGGAGAAGGCCGGCAUCUCUUACAAGAACAGCGCUGGCGUCUCCCAACCCCUUGAGCAGAUCCUCAAGAAUGCCGGUGUAAACUCCGUCCGCCAGCGCGUCUGGGUCAACCCGUCCAACGGCGACUACAACCUCAACUACAACCUCGCCCUCGCCAAGCGCGCCAAGGCUCAGGGCUUGUCGGUGUACCUCACAUUGCACUUUAGCGACACCUGGGCCGACCCGAGCAAGCAGGGCAUUCCCUCAGGCUGGCCAUCCGAUAUCGAGAACCUGAGCUGGAGGCUGUACAACUAUACGCUAGAAGUCAGCAAUGCUUUCCAAAAGGCCGGCGUCCCGCCCGCCAUCAUCAGCAUUGGCAACGAGAUCCGCGCGGGUCUUCUGUUCAACACCGGCCGCACUUCAAACUGGUACAACGUCGCAAGACUACUCAACUCGGCAUCAUGGGGCAUCAAGGAUUCCUCCCUCAGCCCUAAGCCCAAGAUAAUGAUCCAUCUGGACAACGGUUGGGACUGGAACACGCAGAACACGUGGUACACAAACGUCCUCGCCCAGAACCAGCUCAAGGCCACCGACUUCGACAUGAUGGGCGUGUCCUACUACCCCUUUUACGGAAGCGGCGCCACGCUGUCCGCCCUCAAGACGAGCCUUACCAACAUGGCCAACAAGUGGGGGAAGGAGAUUGUCGUUGCCGAGACGAACUGGCCAACCUCGUGCCCGAGCCCCGCGUAUCCCUUCCCGAGCGACCUGAAGGAUAUCCCCUUCUCCGCGGCCGGCCAGACCACCUUUGUGAAGAGAGUCGCCGACGUCGUAGCAUCUGUGAAGAACGGAAAGGGUCUAUACUAUUGGGAGCCUAGCUGGAUGAACAACCAGGCUCUUGGAUCCAGCUGCCCGUCAAACACAAUGUUUGCGUGGCCGGGUACUGCGUUGUCGAGUUUGGACGUGUUCAAGAGCAUUUAG